ACCCCACCGCCUAAGCCCUCAAACAUGUGAAGUGGACGCGAAGAAAAGAAGCUUCCAUUUUUCACAUCACUACUCGUAGUACUUAAUUGUAACCAACACAACACCUCUUAUUAUUGUUCUCUCAAUCUCUCUCUGUUUCUCUGUCUCAGGCGAAGAUGAUGAAGAAUAGGGAAGAGGGUGUAACGGCGGUGAGAAAUGCAGAGAUAGAUACAAGGGCGCCUUUCACGUCUGUCAAGGAAGCUGUCUCAUUGUUCGGUGACAAAGUUCUUGCUGGACACGUCUAUGCUAAUACAACCUACCUUAAACACCAGAGUGGAGAGAAGGAAAGUUAUUGGAAGAUCGGGGAGGUUGCGGCAGAGCUAAAGGAAACGCGAGAAAACUUGGAGAGAGCAAGAGAGGAAAGCAUGUUAAUGGCGCAUUGUCUUUCUUCUCUUCAGGAAGAGCUAGAACGCACCAAGCGAGAGCUGCAACAACUGAAGCAAAUGAGUGAAACAGAAAAGCAUGUUGAUGUUCAUCCACCAGCAGAUGAUGAGAUUGAAGAAGACGUCAAGUUUGUUGAGAACUUAACCACUUUUCAAGUUAAGAGUUCGAGAUUCGAGGAUGAGUUCCAGAAGAAGAGGUACGUCACCUUCGCCAAUCCACCCUCAGAGUCUCAUCAUCAUCAUCAUCAUCAUGUGAUGCUGCAGCCUCCUCCUGAAAAGUUGGAAAGGCAUCCUUCUCUUAGGAGGAACACGAAGAAGAAGUCCUUCAUUCCACUCAUUGGUGCUAUCUUUUCAAGGAAAAACCCAACCCAACAUUAACAUCUUUUUCGCCUUUACAUAAAUAAUUACCAAACUAAUAGUUAAUUACAUUUUGUUUUAAUGCUUGCUUUUCUUUUUAAUUUCAGCAAUAAUAAUACAUUAUCCUAUAUAUUAUGUAAAAUUGA